ACAACAUGGUCAAGGCUUACAGCACGGGCUCACCAGGCAGCCGGGAGGCACAUGAGAGCCUGGAUGAGGCCCGCAAGGGCUGCAGGGAGUACAUGGAGGUGAGGCAGCUGGCGGGGCUGGGCUGGCAGGGUGCUGGGUCCCAUGAGUGGUUGCUGAUGGGUGCUGUCCAUCCAUCUGUCCCCAGAACAUGUGUCUGUUGGAGAAUGAGCUGGAGAGCCAGCUGGGAGAGUUCCAUGUCUGGAUGAAAGGACUGGCAGGCUUUGCCUGGCUUUGUGCUGGUGACCAGUAUGAGAUUUUCAUGAAGUAUGGACGGCAGCAGUAGAAUCUGUGUGGCUGCAUUGAGGUGAACAGUAAGCAGGUGUGGGACAGCGAGGAAAUGGUUUUCUUGCCCCUCAUCACCAAGUUCCUCUUCAUCAAGGUGACAGAGCUAAAGAGCCUGGCCAACCAUGUUGUGGUGGGCAAUGUGUCCUGCGAGACCAAGGACCUCUUUGCAGUUCUGCCUCAGGUAGUGGCUGUGGAUAUCGGUGGCUUGGGCACCCUCAAACUUAGCCUGGAGGUGACCUGGAACCCCUUCGACAAGGAUGACCAGACUUCAGCAGCCAACACUGUCAACAAGGCCUCUAUGGUGAACAAGAGGUCCUCUACCUACAACCAGAGCCCACCCGACAUGCUGUUCCUGCAGGAACAGGCUUUCUAUCUAACUGUGGUGCUCAGAGAGAACUUGCUGAGGUGCCAGGAGGAGAUGGAGAAUGGUAUGUCCUGGUCUGUCUCCUCUGAGUCCUCAGAUGACUCGUCCAGCCAGCAGCUGCCCAGCAGCAUCCACCAUGCUGUCCAUAAGCCCAUCGUGCAGCCAGAGCUGCAGGCCUUGGCACUUGCCAUCAAAAUCUCCUUCUUCCAGCAGCUGCAGGAGUUUGAAGGUCCGAUCAAAAGAAGAGGGGGCGGAGAGCCGGUCGAAAGUCAGCGCUGCCCCGGUGCUGUGGAAGUCAGACGUCUGCAAACAGUGGAGUACCUGUGGGAUCUCGCCCUGAUCAGCGUGUCGACAGGGGCCAACAUUCCUGCUGCUGAGAGCCGGCUGGAGAAGCUGGGCAGCCGCAAGAAGGAAGUGGUGGUCAAUGGGCACGUGCCCUACUCCUGGACUUUGCGACACAUCAGCGAGGACAGCAUGGAUGCUGCAACGGAGGCCAAGGUUGUGGAGAGACCCUGGGAGAUGGCACACAGACUGCCGGACAUGGUAACUAGCAAGCAGGAUGUGGACCCUGUCCCGGGUGCCUUGGUGGCAGUAGUGGCACCAGUGCAGGACAGGGGUGCUGAGGCCAAGUCCCAUGCCUCCGUGGUGUGGGCUACCACCGGUAAGGCCAAGCUCGUGCACAGCCAUGUGUCAGCAUGGGGUGGCUGCAGCACUGGCAUCACUGCAGCACUGGCACAAGUGUCCAUUGAGACAAAGGGGGACAAAAUCACA